GCGGUACCGCGGUGCAUGCCGGGCUGGAGGCGGACAGCUGUCUUCAGUUUGUGGAGGACCGACGUCAGUGUUUGUGCUGGUCUGGGGAAGAUGGCGGAGGCUGCGGCUGUUUCACCGCAUCGGUUUUUCUGUCACUGUUGUAAGGGAGAAGUGAACCCCAAACUCCCGGAGUACAUCUGUCCAAGAUGUGAUUCAGGUUUCAUAGAGGAAGUAACGGAAGACUCCAGUCUCCUAGAGGGUGUCGCUAACGGGAUAGAUGACACAGCCACACAGUUUGCAGAGCUAUGGCACUUGUUGUUACUGGAGCGGCCAUUUACAACAGACGGUGACACACCUGACUCAGAACCUCGGCUCCCUGGAGGGCGCUUGGGAGGUCUCAGUGACCUGGGGGGGUUGGGAGUGGGACCAAUCGGGGGUUCAGUCCCAGCAGGCCUAGGGGGACCUAUGGGGAGCCUACUAGGAGCCGGGGAUCACUGGGUACCAGGACGCCCUACUCGUAUGCACAGCCAGAGGAGAUACAGGUCCAGAGGCAGCAGUCGGCCAGAUCGCUCGCCUGCUGUGGAAGGGAUUGUACAACAGUUUCUUGCCGGGCUCUUUGCCAACUCUGGAGUUCCUGGCUCACCUCCCCUCUCAUGGACGGGGAUGCUGCACUCAAACCCUGGGGAUUACGCCUGGGGACAGGGAGGGUUAGACGCCGUGAUAACACAGUUACUAGGUCAGUUGGAGAAUACAGGACCUCCUCCAGCAGAGAGAGAGAAGAUCUCUUCUCUCCCAACUGUCAAUAUAUCUCAGGAACAAGCAGACUGCUGUAUGGAAUGUCCAGUGUGCAAAGAGGACUUCGCAGUGGGAGAGCCAGUCAGACAGCUACCCUGUAACCACUUCUUUCAUUCAAACUGUAUAGUACCAUGGCUGGAAAUGCAUGACACGUGUCCAGUGUGUAGGAAGAGUUUGAACGGAGAAGACAGCAGCAGCCAGCCCUCAUCAGAGUCCCCCUCCCUCUCCAUGGACCCCCGCACACAGGAGAGAUGGUCCUUCUGAGACACACACCUGUCUCAUCCCUCGGUUUUCCUCGCCUACAUCCAGCAAAACACCGAGAAGACAAAACGCUUCUCACUUUCCUCCUUUCAUAUCUGUUGCAGUCAUAAUAAUCAUCUCAGUCUGAUAUUUUUUGUAUUUUUAUUUUCUAUUUUAAUGCCUUUCUCCUCAACAAUGUAUACAAAUACCCGUACAGACGUCUUAACAUUCACUCGAGAUCUAAUAGAUCUCUUCUUUUUGAUCAAGCCCCAAUGUCUUCUCUGCUUCCAUCCCUCAAACUCCUUUUCCAUCGUUCUUAAAAUGCACUGUUGCAAUACACUAUUGUGGGGGAAAUGCCAUACUUUAUAUCAUACACCAUGCCCUCUUUACACAUUGGAUUUACAAAAUCCUGCAACUGAGCCCUGUACAACAUAUGGGAAUACUGUAGGGAUUAUUGUCACUCUGGCAUUAGAGGAUAUGGGCCUAACAUGAAGACUUGCAAUAAAUAGUAUUUUUCUGAAGGGUAUGUUUAUUUUUUUUUUUAGAUUGACUGGCAGGUAGAUGUUGAUUGAACUCUGGGUCGUUGCUGUUUAACGGCCACAAACAGAAUUGAAUGAAAGCAAGCGUUUCCUUACUCCUUUCGGGACUCUUCUGCAUCUGAAAAAAAUUUAAUGUUGUACCAGUAAGGGAAUGACAUGAAAAAUCUCCAGACCCUGGCCCAUUAUAUAAUGCUUUAGAUUCAAACCUACUCCUCCUGGUGUGUAUAUAUUGUAAACAGAUGGCAUCCCUCUGUCAUUUUAUUCCUCUGUUUGACUCGUUUCACAUUUUUAUCACUUAUUUUUUUGAUGUAAAUAAUUUUAGUCCAACAACUUAUGGUUUGGCAAAGGAAAAAAAACAUUAAGAAUGGAGACACAAAUGUGAAAAACCCGGUUAUCAAACUGUAUAUUAUAUAUAUGAAAAAAAUGUCUAUGAUGUAAUAAUAAAUUGACAAAAAAAGUCA